UUCGCUCGACGGCCGGUUGGCUCGAGGGGAAGGCGGGGACUGGCGGAACGAAUAGGAUAUGAUACAUAUCAACAACGGGCGAGGAGCGUCAGCAGCAGCAACGACUUGUAGUUGUGGUGGUGGCCUUGCCAUGGCCGGGAUGCAAUAGUAUCUUGUGUCGGGCGGAGGCGACCAGGCUGUGGGGUCUCUGGCAGGCAGGCAGCAAGAAAGGUCUCGAGCAAUCGAGGAGGCGAGCGAGCUGCAGCUGCAAUUGUUGCUGUUCGUUGUGUUGUUGUGUUGCUGUGAUCCUGGCGCUCGGGAGGGCUUGCUGAUUUCUUCGUCGUGAGUUUGGUUUGGUGGAAUCGAGUGGGUGGGCGGGCGCGAGGAAGGAGGACUUUCUGGGAGGGAAGAUCAAUUGUCGAGUUCGAGGAUUCUGGUGGCAAAAAAAUUCGGAAAUUUUAAUUCUUCGCGGGAGGGAGCAGGAACGGGCUGUCGAUUGAAGAUUUUAUCGAGUAUUCUGCAUUUGAUUGGAUCGGACAGGUUGGAUUGGACUGUUUCGAGUGGGUUCGAUUCGAGUCGAGAGCUGUCAUCAGCGCGCGGACAGGCGGGAGGAUGGGAAUGGCUUAGGAAGGAUGAAUUUUCUGUACUCGCGGAGGCUAUAGACGAGAGUGUGCGGAGGAAGCGAGCGGGAGAGCGGCGGCGUAAUUCCCAGCCUGCAGGGCAUGAAGCAGGAAUUGCUGUUGUAGGUGCUCAAGUGCGUCAAAGGAGAUGUCUGCCGUCGUUGCUGCCUUGGCAGGUGGCAGGCCCCAUUUCAGCACAUUGCACGAUCGGGUGUCUAGCUCUGCUUCUCAUCAUGACCAUAAAACCGUGCCCCGAUUCCAACGACAGGUCCCAGCUCGCGGAUUGCCAGUUCUGUCUCUGUCUCUGACCACUCCCCUGAGCCUGAAAGUCUACAAGUCGCUGCGAUCGCCGCUGACUUUCGUUGGGCGCAAUGGAACGCGCAGUCUCACCGUGAGGUCCUCCUCGAUAGCAAAUGCUGACGAUUUUAAUGUGAACGAUGGGGUCGAGAAGCUGCCCGAGGCUGAGAAUAUGCACGAGGGCCCUCCUUCUGCCGAAGAUAAUGGAACACUUGUGCGAGGAUUAUCUCCCGCUCAUGCGGGAGAAGAGAAGAGUAGCGGGCCCAAAGGAAUGGCCGAAGCCUUCCACAUCUCCAAGGGAACUGCUUUCGGGAUCAUCACGGCAAUUGCGUUCGCCGCCUUCGGGGUGCCCAUGUUCAUGCAAUCCACGAGCGCGUUGUUGCCCGUCAAGACAAGGGUCCUCUCCUACGUGACGCUGUUGUUUGGGUUUUACAUGGCCUGGAAUAUUGGCGCAAAUGAUGUGGCCAACGCCAUGGGAACAUCCGUGGGAUCGGGAGCUCUCUCUUUGCGGCAGGCGGUUUUGACGGCCGCUGUGUUGGAGUUUGGAGGAGCCUUUCUGGUGGGAUCACAUGUCAGCCACACUAUGCAGAAGGGAAUUUUGCGAAUGACCGUCUUCGAAGGCAAAGAGACUCUCCUCUUCUGCGGAAUGCUUUCUUCCCUGGCUGCUGCCGGUACUUGGUUGCAGGUUGCAUCGUUUUUUGGAUGGCCAGUGUCGACAACACACUGCAUUAUUGGAGCCAUGGUGGGCUUUGGCUUGUUAUAUGGAGGCAUCGGAGCCGUGUAUUGGUCAUCCCUCCUCAGGGUUGUUUCAUCUUGGGUCGUCUCGCCUUUCAUGGGUGCUGCGGUUUCUUUUCUCGUCUACAUGUGCAUUCGAUUGUUUGUUUACAGUGCUCCUAAUCCCGGACAAGCAGCAGCAACAGUGGCUCCCAUAGCCGUUUUCAUUGGAGUGGCUGCUCUCUCAGCCACGGCGUUUCCUCCACGCAGUACCCUUCUGCUUACUGCUGCCCAGGCUCUUGGUUUGGGAGCCGUCGGUGCAGUAGUGAUCAAUAUGGUCAUACAACGGCAGCUAGGCAGUCUCCUGGGGGAAUUCUGCGCGAUCCCUACUGAUGAUAAAGAAGAGAAACCGCUGUCCAGAUCUCCGAUGAAAGUCGGUGGACCUACAGGAACACAGCUUAAAGUCGUUUACAGCAUAUUUGGCUACCUGCAGGUUCUGUCUGCUUGCUUCAUGUCCUUCGCUCACGGGGCCAACGACGUUGCCAAUGCAAUAGGUCCCAUUUCUGCGGCUUUGGCAAUCUUGCACGGAACUUCAUUGAGCGCUGACCUGGGCCUGCCUGCUGAGAUUCUAGCCUGGGGAGGUUUCGGUAUCGUAGCUGGAUUGAUGGUGUGGGGCUAUCGUGUAAUUGCUACGAUUGGGAAGAAAAUUACAGAGCUGACCCCGACCAGGGGCUUCGCUGCAGAGUUUGCUGCGGCUUCAGUGGUGGUCGUUGCGUCCCGGUUGGGCCUCCCCAUCUCAGCAACUCAUACUCUAGUGGGGGCGGUGAUGGGAGUAGGAUUCGCAAGAGGCUUGAACAGCGUUCGUGGAGAAGUGGUCAGGGAGAUUGUGGCGUCGUGGAUGGUGACCAUUCCCGUUGGAGCUGUGCUGUCUGUUGUUUACACCCUGAUCCUUUCGAAGAUGAUACCUUCCAUUUUUUGACUUCAGCCAUGAUAGCCAACCCUGCCCUUGGAUGGCACUCUGAGCAAAGCAAAGAGCUUCUGUAGUCUGUCGGAAGGGUCUGCUGUUUCCUAUUAUACCAUGUCGCAGGCACAUAUCAAACCUUGACUCUGCCGAUAUGUUCCAAAUGUACACUACGUAAUUGUAUCCUCCUUGUCCGAAAACUUGUGUUGUGGACCUCACAAGCAAAGCAGAGGUUUUCAAGGGUGCUGCAGAGGUGACUUUUCUUCUGAUGAAGGUGACAUGUAACCUGUACAAAAAGAGUGGAGCUGAAGUUGUUGCGUCUGUCAAUCCUUUACAACCUCGAGAGCUAGCGAAAGUGAGAACUCAUGCAGUUUUUACUUGGGAUGAAAGCGGCCUGGGCAUGUGCCUGUCAGUGUAAAAGUCAUUAUUAAACUCUGGCCCGGAUUUGGUUGCCCAUGUGCUGGCGGGAAAAGUCUGCUGGUGAUGUAAUAGGAAAGCAUGGACCAAAGGCCUGGGCAAAACGCCCGUAGGAUGCAACCUGAGGAUUAUCACUUGUUGGGGUGAGGUUGCACCUUGCAUUGAGGUGCGUGUAAGAUAUUGGUCUCAAGAAGGGCAGAAUGUCAGGCUAUAUGAUUGCCGGGCACUAGUCCAUCUGCGUUGCAAACAAAUUACUCUCUCAUCUCGUUUUUGGCUUCCAGCUUUUGUUCUCUUAUCAUGAACGAUUGCGUCACACCUCUUGCAGUAUUCUAUCGAUGUCAAUGAGCUGUCAAAGUUAGUACGAGUGAUAUCGGAUGGUGAUCACUACGAGCAUCCACUGGAGCAAGAAGAGAUCUAGUGUAGUGAAGUGGCUGUCUGCGAGGUUACAUGUUGAGAGAUGUAUUGCUUUGGGCUCGUCAUAGGCAUUUUUACACCUUAGAAAUCUACAUGCAGCUGAAACAUCGACUAUAGUUGCAGACAUUCGAACGAUGAGAGAUGGCCGGGAAGCUUAUGUGUUGUUAGUAACCCUGUUCGUAAUUGGUAGAGUCUAGAGACUUCGUUUCUAUAAAUUGUUGUCGAUGCCCACAAAAGUUCUGCCGAAGGCAGGAUCGACAGUUAAUGUCGAAAAGUAGAGGGCUAAAUAUAUAAUUUCGACCGACAAUUUUAUAAUGUUCAUCAAUAAAGAAGCACAUGCCUUAUUUCACGAUUGACGG